UAAAAUAAAUAUUCAAAGUUAAAUUCUGUUGAAAAAUCGAGAAAGUCAAGUGUAAUGUUAAAUUUGUCAAAUAUGAAUAUGAAUAUGAAUUCACAAAGAUUUAUUGUCAAGUUUACUGACACGUGUAUUAUCGAAUCAUCAUAAACAUCUUUGUCUUUUACAUUUCUAUGUAAUGUGAAAACAUUAUCUCAAAAGUUAUUAUUAACAUUAAAAUUAUGAUUUAAGGGAGAACAAAAAAAUAUAAAGUUAAACAGCUAAUUAAACGUUAAUUAAAAUUGAUCCAAGUUGAACUUGUUUAACCUAUACAACAUGUCUGCUGAAGAAACUUUUGAACAGUUUGAGGACGAAGAGACAGAAAUUCCAAUUGGUGGUACUCUACCUGGUGGAAGGAAGCGGCUCUUCUCUAAGGAGUUACGUUGCAUGAUGUAUGGCUUUGGCGAUGAUCAAAAUCCUUAUACAGAAAGUGUUGAUCUGAUAGAAGAUCUGGUUAUUGAAUUCAUCACGGAUAUGACGCACAAAGCUAUGGAAAUUGGGCGCACAGGACGAGUUCAAGUAGAGGAUAUUGUAUUUCUAGUCAGAAAAGAUGCCAGAAAAUAUGCCAGAGUGAAAGAUCUUUUAACAAUGAAUGAAGAACUGAAGAAAGCAAGAAAAGCAUUCGAUGAAGUUAAAUAUGCAGGUACUGUCAAAGAUUAGAUUGUCCGUUGUAUUGUCAUUUUUAUCUUGAUUGUAUAAAAAUCUGUUAUAAGUUAAUUUGUUAAUUUAUACUGUUUUGAAUUAUUUACAAUAAUUUGAAUAAUUAUAUAUAUAUAUAUAUAUCACAGCAUGAUUCAUGUGGAAGUAGUAUUAAUAUAAUUUCUUUGUUUGGCAUACUUAAUGUGAUAUUUCUUGAACAAAUAUUGUUUAUAAGUUAUGCCAUGUAUGCAUUGCUUGGCAAUAUUUUAUUUUGCAAUAUAGCAAUAUGUGAUCGCUUGCAAGUACAAAAUUGUCCUUCCGUCACGAAUACGUCAGCGAACACUGCUUUUUAAGUUCUUAGAUGCAAA